UCGGUACCACCCAGGUUAUGUUUCAAACUCCGAUAGGCUUGGGAAAUAACGUCAAAGGCACUGACCAACCAUUGCAAGAAGACUUUGCCGUCUAGGUCCGGGGAGUUGUGAGGAUCUCCUGAUGGGAGCAGGAUUGCAUGCGAUCGCAUGGGUACAAACAGCGUGGCUACUGACUCCGGCCCUGCGCUGAAGCCCUGGCUGGUGUGUCUUGAUGACAGGUUUGGCUUAGCUCAUCAAAUCCGCACCAAGCAAUGCCGCCUCUACUCUUUAGGGCUGGGGAGCGACGACACGCACUUUGAGGUGAGCAUGGCCAAUGGUGGGUGUGAAGUGCAUCGUUUCGAUCCUAGUGUCAGAUCAGCCCACGUUCUGCAGAGCCAGCGCCUCUGGCAUCACCGCUUGUCCAUUGAUUGGCGGGACCCGCAUCCAGCUGUGGCUGCUCAGAAGCCGUACAGCAACACCAGGAAACUGGGAAGCAUUUUGAAUGAAUUCGGGCAUCACAAGAUUGAUGUUCUCAAGGCAGAUCUGGAAAGUGCCGAAUGGAAAGUUCUAGAAAACCUUAUUCUGGAGGAUGUCCUUGAACAGAUCGGCCAGCUCAUCUUCGAGAUUCAUCUCCACUGGCCUGGUUUUGAGGUCAGUGGCAGCGAGAGCAGCGUGGUGCGGUUUUGGUACAGCCUCCUGAAGGAGCUGGAGCGGAAGGACUUCAGACUUUUUCACACUUACAAAGACUUAUCUAAACCGCAGCUCUUCCUGAAGAAGGACAUUUUCAACGCUAGCAGCUGUUAUACCUUGAGUUGGGUGAACACAAGAUGGAGAUGAGACAAAGCCUCACCCACAACACACAAAGAAAUAUGGGCAGACAGAGGCUUCCGUGCUUCCUGUCAUGGAGUUAUGUCUCCAGUCUCCACUGGCUUGUGCUUGCUCGAGACGGGGCUUGUGUUAUUGUCUCUGCAUUACAUGAUGAAGCCCGGAUGAAUACCUUUGAGACCUUUGCCUUUGACAGAGUGGGGUGUGCCCCUUCCGUGUCCCUUGGAUGUAGAAAUACCCUGCACAUGCCAGCGCGUGUUUUUUAAAAAAAUUCAUUACGUAUCUAUAGUUCAUGGAUUUACAUUAAAAUGAAAUUUUAUUAUUUCAUACUUUUUACUAGGUUGAUCAGGUUUUAAAAUGCACUGUUCAAGUUGGGUCCCUCUGCAGAGGGGUGGGGUGGUACCUGCCUUUCAUCCCAGGCAGAGGCACCUGGAUCUCUGAGCUCAAGGCCAGCCUGGUCUGUAGAGUGAGUCUCGGGACAGCCAAGGCUGCACAAAGAAACCUUGUCUCACAAAGCAAGCAAGCAAACAAACAAAUAACCCAAACGAACAACCAAAACCAAAUACGGGCCAUUCACUUGACUUGAACUUGCUUCCUUUAAGGUUUCUCUUGCCCGGCCAGCCAAGGCUGGGCUGUAUGCCUGUGGAUUUCAGUCAGUGCAUCCCAGCCUUUGCGAACGGAGACCAUGCCUCGGCUUUCUAAGAACUGCUGAUUCUAGUUCCUGGGAACUUCGAAUACAUCAGGUUCUGUCAGAACUUCAAGAACUCCAAAUUUCUUUUCAGACUCAGCUGUAAACACGUUUCAUCGUCUAUGAAACGAGGCACAAAGCAGAAACCGAGUGCUUUUGCUAUUGCCUUGUCAAACCUCAAACCUGGCUGGCACCUCAGACUUGCCAUGCUGUCAGAUCUUUCCAAACACACGAUCUUGGGGCUGAGGAGGUGGCUCGGUUAGUAAGCUGCCUGCUGCGGAAGCACAAGGGCCAGAGUCUGCAUCCCUACAGUGCAGGGAUGAGGGUGGGCUGGACAGGCUGCAGCUCAUUGGUCAGGCUACCCUAGGUGAAUUAAUAAGCUUCGGGUUCAGGGAGAGGCCCUGUCUCAAGAGAUACAUUGUAAACUUAGGCAUAGUGGCACACACUAAUCCUGACACUUGAGAAAAAAAGGCAGGUGGUGAGUUCAAGACCAGCCUGGACUACGUAGUGGAUUAGAGGGCAGCUAGAGCUCCAGAGUGGGACCCUGCCUGAGGGGAAGAAACUAAGUUGUACAAAGACAAAGGAAGACACUAAUGCCAACCAAUCUUUCCCUCUCCUUCUCCCUCGCCCUCUCCCUCCCCUUCCUCCCGUCUGUCUGUCUUGCUUUGUAGCCCACAGUGGCCCAGAACUCACUAGAUGUCUCAGGUUAGUUUUGAUCUUUGGUCCUCCAGCCUCAGCCCCUGACUUCACUUCUUCUUCACAAAAGUUUUUUUUUUAAUUAUGCAGAAAUUCUUAUUUAUAGAAAUAGACUGUCCCGUGGAUGAUUUUCAAGUUUUCUGCUACUUAAACAAUAUAAAAUAAACAAAGUUAAGGGUUUGGGGGCAUUGUUUUUUACACAGAGCAUGGAAGCUGGGUGUUCGUUGUUCAAAACACUGUGGCAGGCAGCGGAGUGCUGGCUGAUGUCACAUCCCAGCCCUUCUCCUAGGCGUUUCUUUCCUUCUUUCCAUAGCUGGCUUCUACCCUCAGACAUUCCUGGUCUGGGUGUUGGUUUGAGGCUUUGAAAAAUCUCAUUUUCAGGGGUUGGGGAUUUAGCUCAGUGGUAGAGCGCUUGCCUAGCAAGCGCAAGGCCCUGGGUUCGGUCCUCAGCUCCGGAAAAGAAAAAAAAAAAAAAAAAGAAAAGAAAAAAAAAGAAGAAAAUAUCAUUUUCAAAUGAGAACCCAGCAGAUGUUAGGAGGAUGAUCUCACUACCUUGAGCUAAAAGGAGACCGGAGUUUCUGAAUUAGUUGUGAUAAUUUAAAAAAAAAAUCUGGAGUUUUGAUUAACUCACAGUACCCGAACAAAGGGGGUUUGGAUAUCGAAGACCACCUUGAAUGAAAGUGAUCUGCAAUGGUGGCUCAGUCUCUUUAGUGUGCACAUGUGUUUCAACUGUCUGCGAACACAGAAGGGUCCAUGAGUAGUCUAUAAAACGGUUCCUGUGCAUAUGGUGUUAUUUCUGAAGAAAGGUAACUUUAUUUUGCCUUGGGUUUGGAUUCUGUCACAGAUUUUUAAAAAAAAAAAGUUUUAUUCUCCAGAGUGUAUAUAUACAAAUAAAUAUUCUUCAGCAAUGUUUAGAGUGCACUGAUUUUAACUGUGAUCAACCCCCAAAGGUGUGCACAUCUACAGCAAGAUUUUUAGCCCUCGGAAAUGCAGAUUUAGGCAUUGAAGUUUCCAGACAGGUGACACACAGCAUUGGCUCCCUCAUACCAUGUAACACAAGACACCACAACAAAGCAAAACAAACAAAAACAGAACCUCCACCCAGACCCGUUUAGCCUGCAUACCGGCUAGGAUAUUUCCGCUUACUUUUCUUAAUGGACAGUUUAGUCCUUAUGAUGGAUAUUUUGAUGGUUGCUAUGGCUUCCCUGUCUCUAGGACACAUUGUGCUUAUGUUGGUCAGGGUCCCUGCGGUGCUGCCUUUUGGAGCUGGAGGAAUCUUCAAGUGUGGGAAGACUGUUCUGUGCACUACCAGAUGCGGCCCUGGACUCUACAAAGGGCGGAACAACCUCACCCUCCACCUUGUUACUCAGAUGUGACUGCAGCUCCAGAUGUCCACCAGGGGGCGAUCUACUGCCCACACCCUCACCUCCAAUGUACGGAAGUUCUGAGAAGUAGGUCAGGCUACGGUAGCCCCCGUGUUUGCUUUCAGAGGAGGGGUAACACAAAGGGCUCGUGGGGGGCGGACAAAACGAGAGCCGCCUCCCCAGACGCAACGCAGACACCAAACAAUCAAACCAACAAAAUGGAGUGCUACUGUUUCGUGAGCGCUUGAGACACUCUGCGCAAGAGUCAUCCCAUCUCCUCUCAAUGAUCCAGCAAGGAAGUACGGUUUUCCCAGGUAUAUGGGUUAAGAAGGUUACAAAGCCUGUAUUCCGAUUACUCCCCUUGUAGAUGGACUGCGAAUCUACAAUCCCCAUCGGAUCCUAGGGCGAGCACACUCUGCUUCCUGCACAGUGUGGCAAACUUCACAUGCUACACCCGAAGGGUAUUUCUUUGCCUCUCGGUUAACCGGAGGAGGAGAACCAGCGAACACAUUUUAAACAGCCCUGCAAAUUGGUUUGCGGUUAGGUUGAGCAUUGAGUUUGCUUAACUUAGACUUAAUUUAAACAAGCCGGGCAGGGGCGGGCACAGCAGGAAAUAUGGGGACCCAAAACGUGUCUGUCCGUGUAAGUUAGGCAGCCAGAAGGCUUCUGUGAAGCUUGGUGGCCCUCCUGCUCCUGCCUGUCACAGUGCGUGGUACUUUCCCAGAUGUAGGAAGGAUGGUGGCUGUGGCUGCAGCAUGGUUCUCUGGUGCGGAAAGCUCAUCUUUGUUCUGCAAAUGAAUGAGGGGAGACGAGAGUAUCUGUGGUACACGUUGUUCUCUUAAUCCACACUUAGUGGUGUAGUGUUGCAUAAAUGGUCCGGAAAAAUACAAAUUUAAUAAACAUUGAAUUAUCUCAGAAA